CUGCCCCCAGCCAGCCGAGGCCAUGCCCUCCCCAGGGACCGUCUGCAGCCUGCUGCUCGUCAGUGUGCUCUGGGUGGACUUGGCCAUGGCGGGCUCCAGCUUCCUGAGCCCUGAACACCAGAAAGUGCAGAGAAAGGAAUCCAAGAAGCCGUCAGCCAAACCGAAGCCCCGGGCCCUGGAAGGCUGGCUUGACACAGACGUCAGAAGUCAGGCGCAAGGCACAGGGGACGAGCUGGAAAUCCAGUUCAGCGCCCCCUUUGACGUUGGGAUCAAGCUGUCAGGGGCUCAGUCCCACCAGCACGGCCAGACCCUGGGGAAGUUUCUUCAGGACGUCCUUUGGGAAGACGCCAGCGAAACGCCAGCCAACAAGUGACCGGCCCUGAGUCCAGCCACCUCUCCAUUUUCCCACCCUCAGAAGCAUUCACCUGGCUUCCAGAACGCUUCCGAGACCAGCCCCAGCUCUGAGGGGUACCAGCCUAGGAGGUGAAUAAAUGCUCAAAC